CUUAUAUACACCGUCCUCAAGUGCAGUCCUGCUGCUAGUGGUCUGCUUCCUUCAGACAUUCUUCUUUCAGGACUACGCUGCUUAACUUUCUCAUAUAGGGGUGAAGAAAACAGUGGUCCAAAAUGUCUGAUAAAAAGAUGACAUCGAGCCGCCGGCACCAUCUCAAGAGUUUGGUGCUUAGCAUUGCAAAGGGCAUUAUGGAGAAAGAAGCCGCUCAGAUCAUUAAAGAUAAGGAGGCUUACUUGACAGAAAACUGCCCUCCUCUGUCCCUGCCUUCAUCUACACAGGAACUGCAGGAACUGUGCAAGAAACUUCACCAGCAAAUCGACAAGGCUGAUGAGGAGAGAUAUGACUUGAAUGCUAAAGUGGAAAAGGCAAACAAAGAGAUUGAGGAUCUGAAGAUCAAGGUGGUCGACCUGAUAGGCAAGUUCAAGAAACCCGCGCUGAGGAAAGUGCGCAUGUCUGCCGAUCAGAUGCUUCAGGCUCUGCUGGGCUCCAAGCACAAGGUGUCUCUGGAUCUGAGAGCCAACCUGAAACAAGUCAAGAAGGAGGUCAAAGAGGAGGUUUCAGAUGUCGGUGACUGGCGUAAGAACGUUGAGGACAAGGCCGGUAUGGGAGGCAGGAAGAAGAUGUUUGAGGGCGAGGCCUAAAUUCCUGGACAUUUCAUUGUUUAAUUAUUGUAGGAAUUUGUCAGUGCUACGCAAACAUUUAUCUUUUUGCAAUAGGUUUAUGUCUUUAGCUUUCAGUGCCUCAAAUGAGCAUUUGUUUCACGCAGUAUGUACGUCCUGAAAGAGAACUGUGUAUCAUCACAAAGCCACGACCAUUAAAUGAAUGCUUCUGAGGAAAAAUC